AACCGUACCGAACGGGCAAACUGUCAUGUUUGACAUUUAAUUGGUGGCGUUUGUUUAUGCUAUAUACAAUACAAAACUUCACGCACACACACCACCGCACCAAGCGAAACAAAAUCUAAUCAUUGCAUGAAAGAAGACGACGACAACGUACCAAUAAUAUAUAAUGGAAUGAGAGAAUUAAAAAAAACGAGUGAAGAACGAAUUUCUGGCAUUUGUGUUCCAUUCAUUUUCUUAGUGCAAGUUGAUAAAUGUGGCGGAACGAUUGCAAUUCGGUGAACGCAGAGAAUUGCACAAAGUUUAUUAUUUAGUGAAUAGAAAAUUGUGAAAAGAAUCCAAGAAAAAGCGAAACGAACAUACGAAAAAUAGAUUGGAAUAAGGAAUCCCUUCAUAUACAUAUUUUCCUUCAUACUAAGACUUGGAGUGGGGUGCGGUUCACCGAUUUUCGAAACCAACAUAGACCAAUCUGCAUUGUUAUUUGCACUACAAAUCGCAACAUACCGAAACAAAAAUAAAAUCAAAACAGUGUGUUUGUUGUUUUUUUUCCCAAUUCAUUCGUUCGAAAUCGAUAUUUUGUUGGUUGAUGCAUUUCGCUUUUGUUUUUGCCAUCGAAUUUAUCGAUGCGAAUGCAAACCCAAAACCGACGAACAAUUUUUCGUCAAUGAGCGCCGACUACAGAAGUAAUGACAAUAAACAUUCAUAGUAAAUAGCCUAAUUAGUGGGCCACAUAAACAUAACAUAUACGACAGUUUUUAUACAACAAUCUUCCAACAACACACACACACACACACAUACUCACACAACGCAAACAAAUCAGGUAGACAAUGUCUCGUUUAGCUGAUUAUUUUGUGAUAGUCGGUUAUGAUCAUGAAAAAGAACGAUCCGGCAAACGAAGCGGAAAGAUUUUACAACGUUUCCCAGAAAAAGAUUGGCCAGAUACUCCAUUCAUCGAGGGCAUUGAAUGGUUUUGCCAACCGCUUGGAUGGGCCUUAUCGAAUGAACGAUUGGAGCCGCAGUUCUUCGUAUCGGUUUUGACUGAUAUCGAUGCGAAUCGACACUAUUGUGCUUGUCUGUGUUUCAACGAAACCGUUGCCAUCACACCCAACAAGCCCAUCGAUGAGGAAGAAGAGGACAGCUUUUCACCGAGACAAACACUGCUCAAUCCGGCCGCUGUUGUCGCAGCGGCCGGUGGAGCUGUUGUUAAUAAUUUUUCAUCGUCCGCUUUAAUUCAAGAAGUCAACUCAAAACCAACAUCGAAUAUCACACAUCAUAGCAUCAUGUACGCUCCCAAGUGCUUGGUUCUGGUGUCACGUUUGGAUUAUAUCGAAACCAUUCGGAAUUGCCUCGGAACCAUUUAUACGGCAUUCAUCGAAAGUCUACCGUAUCAACUCGAAACAUUGAUUGGAAACAUUCUCGGAUGUAUUCAGAUACCACCGCCAGGCGGUCCACAAGUGCGUUUUUCAAUUGGAGCCAGUGACAAACAAGCAUUGCAGCCGCCAUUAUCACCUACCCUACCCGUAACUGGAACAUGCGUUAGCAUGCUAUUUCAACAGUUGGGCAUAAAAAAUGUCAUCCUUCUGUUCUGCGCCGUAAUGACCGAGCACAAAAUUUUAUUUCAUUCCAAAAGUUUUUCCCGUUUAACCGAUAGCUGCCAUGCAUUAACGGCACUCAUGUAUCCAUUCCGUUAUACACACGUUUACAUCCCAAUUUUACCGGCGCCUCUAUCCGAAGUCUUGUCCACACCAACACCAUUCAUAAUGGGUGUUCACAGUUCAUUGCAGCCAGAAAUAUCCGAUUUGAUGGAUGUGAUUGUGGCCGAUAUUGAUGGUGGAUCAAUUCGAAUCCCUGAAUCGCUAGUGCCACCGGUUUCUGUGCUACCCGAUGCCAUUUGGGAAAGCACACAAAUGUCCUUAACAAUGGUGUUGCAACCAAAACUCAACUCAGCCGAUUUGGCAUUCCCGUCGCCAGCAGCGACCAUCGAACCGAAUCUUGCGAUGCAAGACAAAGAAAUUCGUGCCGUAUUUAUGCGGACAUUUGCUCAACUGUUGCAAGGAUAUCGAUCAUGUUUAACCUUGAUUCGAAUUCAUCCGAAGCCCGUGAUCACAUUUCACAAAGCCGGCUUUUUGGGUGCAAGAGAUUUAGUCAAUUGCGAUUUUUUGUCGCGCGUAUUAGAUAGUAUGUUUUUCACAAGUUUUAUCACCGAACGUGGUCCACCAUGGCGUGCAUGCGACGCAUGGGAUGAAUUGUACAGUUCAGUAACCGAUUUGACACGAACUGAACUCCAAAAUCCCAAAUUGGUGUUGACUCACAUUCGAGAAUUAGCUCAGAUUUUAUACACAAAUGAAAAUCCAUCAUCUCAAAACUAUAUGCAAAAGGUGUUGCGGCCACCCGAUGGAUCGUACUCGCGUAUUCAUCAGCCCACAUUGAAUCCGUUGAACGGUGAUUUAGUGCAACAAAUCAUCAACGAUGGUUUGGCUAAGAAUAACAUUGAAACGAAAAGUUUUCAAUCGGCUCGAUUGUCACCACGAAUCGUGCCAAUGGGACCACAUUUACAAAGUAUUUCGGAUGGACGACCGGUGGUCAAUAAUACCGCUCGUCGUUUGGAGGUGCUGAAAACUUGUGUCAAUUGCAUUUUUGAAAAUAAAAUUGCUGACGCACGUAAAAGUUUUCCGGCUGUUAUGCGUACGCUGAAGCAACGCGAUGCCCGAUUAACAUUGUGCCGAGAACUGGCACGAACCGUACAAGGAAAUAAAGCCAUGUUGGAUCAUCAACAAUUCGAUUUAGUCAUCAAGCUAAUGAAUCGAGCGCUGCAAGACGACUCUAUAAUGGAUGAAUAUGGUGUUGCCGCCUCGUUAUUGCCACUGUCAACGGCAUUCUGUCGGAAAUUGUGUACGGGUGUCAUUCAAUUUGCGUACACAUGCAUUCAAGAUCACCCGGUGUGGAAGAGUCAACAGUUUUGGGAGAGUGCAUUCUAUCAAGAUGUUCAAACGCAAAUCAAAGCAUUGUAUUUGCCGCGGGCGAACAAUACAACGUCUUCCUCCUCCAUUAUCGAAAAUAAUUACUCAUACUCACGAACCAGACUCAGUCCGUCAAAUUCAAGGGACUUGAAAGAGUAUCGGGCAUCGAUUUUAUCACGAGUUCAAGAGCCAUCAGCAUUAGAAAUAGCAGCUGAGCAAAUGCGAUUGUCACCAUCCAUGGAUCCAGCCAAAUUGAAUGAAUUCAUCAAUUCGGAAGAGUCAACGCUGUACAGUCAAGCAAUUCAUUAUGCCAAUCGAAUGGUGUCGCUAUUAAUUCCCACCGACAUUAGCUCUGGUAUAAAAGUACAAAAAAUUGAUCAUCACUUGGAGGAUGAUACAAGUGUUUCAAACAGUAUUGUUGAAUCGCGAAGUGCACGCAGCGAUCAUUCAGGCGAUGAAGGAUUCGAAGAAAGUGAUCCAUUUGAAACGGGCAAUAUUGUAACCAAAAUGGUGAGCCGAUUCAUUGAUCGUGUGUGCACUGAGGGCAGUGUAACGGCUGAACAUGUGCGAAAUUUACAUGUUAUGGUGCCCGGUGUUGUGCACAUGCACAUCGAGACAUUAGAGGCUAUUCAUCGUGAAUCGAAGCGAAUUCCAUCGGUUAAAAAGCCAACGAUACAGGCACCAAUCUUGCUAUCAGGAGAAGAGAUUCUGGGCGAAGCCAUGCGUGUUUAUAUGCUGCCCGAUGGGCGUGAAGAAAGUUGUUCGAUUAUGACGUCACUUUUGCCUGCCGAAGGUGCUCUAUUUUUAACGAAUUACAGAGUUGUAUUCCGGGGAUCACCAUGUGAUAUGCUGUCAUGCGAACAGAGCAUAGUGCGUUCAUUCCCGAUAUCAUGUUUGACCAAAGAGAAGCGAUUGACACGACUGUAUCUGCCGCACUUGGAUCAGGAGUUACCAGAAGGAUUGCAGUUGCGCUCGUGCACAUUUCAAUUGAUCAAAGUUGCUUUUGACGAAGAAAUCGCCGCCGAAAACGUUGAAGCAUUUCGAAAAUUGUUGAAUCGUGCACGUCAUCCACCACAUGAAUUUGGCCAUUUCGCAUUUGCAUCGCAUGGCAUUAUACCCAGUACACCGCUUCACAAAGUCAAAGAAAAGAAUGCCACGUUGAAGGGAUUCGCGAAGAAAACACUCAUUCGAACUGCUAAACGAGCUGGUUUCAAGCAAAAAGGUGUUACACGACGAAAAUACGUUUUGCCCGGUGUCAAUUUUGACGAUACUUCACCGACCAACGAACACGGAACCAACAGUCUUACGAAUAGCAAUUCCGAACAUCAUUUGCAUAAUAUCAACGAUGAGGAUGAUUCAGAUGAUACCGUCGAUACGAUGCCACGCGUCACAGUCAAAGAUAUUGAACGGUUGAAAGAACGAAGCUAUGUGAGGGACUGGAAACGGCUCGGUUUCAGUGAUCCACACUCAAACUAUCGAAUCUCCUCCGUCAAUUGUAAUUACAGCUUGUGCCGAUCGUAUCCGGCGAUUAUUGUAUCUCCACAGGGCAUAUCAGACGAUUCACUUCGUUGCCUAUCUCGAUGUUAUAAAAACCAUCGAAUUCCGGUGCCAACGUGGCGACAUCAACGGAAUGGUGCAAUAUUAUUGCGUGGUGCAUUACCGCAUCCCAAGGGAGUGAUCGGAAUGUUCAAAGCACAUCCAGCUGGUUCAACGAACAUAUCAACCGAUUCGACCGGUUUCCAAGAGCAAGAUCGAUUUUUCACUCAAAUCAUCGAAUCGAUGCCAAAUUCAGUGGCACUACGACAUCCAUUGGAUUUAUUCGAUUCGAAUUUAUCGAUAAAUUCAUUGAUGUGGGCCGCUGAGGAUGUCAAUUACUAUCAACAUAAUCAAAUGGCUGCAAAACAAGAGCGAACGCCCGAUUCAAGUCGACGAUUUUCACAAGGUGCUUUCCAUACAGUGCGAUCGUUUUCGAACUUUGGCAAUCGUUCGAAUCAGUCAAGUGCAACGAAAACGCCAAACAAAUGGGGUUCACUGAAAGCAGGAUCUGGUCUCACGCAAUCCUACUCCAAUGCGCAACCAUUGCGAGACAUCAACGAGAAGAACCAUUCGCACACGUACUCGUUCCACCGCGUUCCAAUGUACAUUUUGGGCGAGAAAUCACAAUCGAAAUCAGCACGACUAUCCGAAUUGUGCACGGAAUUCAUACCAGUUGACUACACAGAUGUGCGACAAUCGCGGAUUGCCUUCAAAAAGCUGAUGCGAGCCUGUCUACCGUCAACGGAAACAAAUGAGCCGGAUCAAACGUUUGCCAAACUAUUGGAACAGUCCGAAUGGCUGCAGCAAAUUCGUAAUAUUUUGCAAUUAUCUGGUGCGGUUGUGGAUCUGAUUGAUUUGCAGGGAUCAAGUGUCACGCUGGCAUUGGAAGAUGGUUGGGAUGUGACGUCACAGAUAACCUCGUUGGCACAGCUAUGCUUAGAUCCAUACUAUCGAACAAUCGAAGGUUUUCGAGUGCUGAUCGAAAAAGAAUGGCUUGCCUUUGGCCAUCGCUUUGCGCAUCGUUCAAAUUUAAAAGCGGGUGGCGGCGGUGGCGCCCAAUUUGCACCAGUAUUUCUACAAUUUUUGGAUGCUGUCCAUCAAAUUCAAGUACAAUUUCCGUUAUCGUUUGAAUUUAACGAUUUCUACCUGCGUUUCUUGGCAUAUCACAGUGUAUCGUGCCGUUUUCGAACGUUCUUAUUCGAUUGCGAGUUGGAGAAAUUCGAUUUGGGCAUUGCAAAAAUCGAAGACAAACGUGGCUCGUUGAAUUCAAAGCAUGUGGUUGUCGAAACCGGAACCGGUUCGGAUGAUGACAUUUUCCCGGGCGGUAUUCGAUCGUCGGGCGUUGGAGCUGCCAAAAUUGGUUACUCGGUGUUUGAUUACAUCGAUCGUCAGCAUGCCAAAUUCCCGAUAUUCUACAAUUUUAUGUACAGUGGUGAUCAAGAUCAACCGAUUUUACGGCCACAAAGCUCCGUUGCGAUGCUCGAAUUGUGGCGAUAUUACAUUGACGAAGAGUUGGCACAUGGUCCACCAUACGAUCUUGAACUGGUUUGCAAUGAUAAUCAUGAAGAUGAAGAGAUUGAUUUCCUGUCUUCGACUGGAAUGCGAAGCGCCAGCAACAAUUCAAACCAUGGCAGCAGUAGCAAUACCCAUCUGUCAUCUAAAGCUCAACAACAGAGAAGAAGACGCGUGGUUGCGACUGGAUAUGACAGUCUUGCAAAGUGUGAUCCGGAUAUUUUCUCGCGAAUUCUUGAAGAACUUCGUCAAUCCGAGAGCGAAAGAGGUCUUUUGCCACAGAAAUGGCGUCAAAUUUGGGAUAAGCUUGAAUUGCCGCAGAGCGAUUCAUUGAAACGGAAUUCAUCGUUCAGCAGUGCAAUCGUUCGAUCACACGGUCGAUUGUUGCACAAGCGUUCAACAUUGGAAAUUUUAAUGCGUGGCCGACUUGCCGGUGGCAUUCAUCAAGAAACCUUUGCUCACCCACAUCGUUUCGAGAAGCAUUCAUACACAACACCAACGCAUUGUAAUCACUGUGACGGCGUUCUGUGGGGCCCAAUGUGGACGGGACUUAGAUGCAUGGACUGUGGAAAUUCA